GAAGAAGAACAAACAAAAAGUUGAGAGCAGAGAAGGAAGGAAGAUUUUCUUAGAGUGGCUACUACACUUCAUUGCUACCGCACCCUGUGAUCGAUCGUAAAUAACUUUCAUCAUUACAUAAUAAUAAUGAUAAUAAUAAUAAAUGGGCGACGAUCUUUCCCAAUUUCCAUUGCGCAUAUUGAUUCACUCAUUUUCUCUCUCUUGUCUCUCCUUGCUCCUCCCCAUCGUCUUCUUGACCCGCCCCACCCACUGCUCUCAGCUGCCGCUUUGUCUUCCAUUACAUUCCCUUGCCUUGUCCGCUAAAUAAAGCAAGGAAAGAACGUCGUGGAAAAGGAACUGAAAGGUGGAGGAGAAAAGAAAAUCUAGAAAGGAAGGGGAAGCCCAAUAAAAAAAACAUUUGGGGAGGGAUCCGUUUGAGGGUUGAAGUGAAAAAGCGAGCUGAAUCUCUCUGUACCAGAAGGGGAGAGAGAUAGAGAGAGAGAGAGAGAGAGAGAGAGAGAGAGCAUUUGGGGAGGAUCCUUUGGAGGAAUGAAGUGAAAAAGCGAGCUGAAUCUCUCUAGACCAGAAGGGGAGAGAGAGAGAGAGGGAGAAAAGAGAGAGAGGGAGCAUCUGGAGAGAGAGAGAGAGAGAGAGAGAGAGAGAGAGAGAGAGAGAGAUGCCACUGACGAGAUACGUGAUUCGAAAUGAGUACAGUUUGGCAGACCCAGAGGUGUACAGAUGUGUGGAGAAAGAUGACCCGGAGGCGUUGCUGGAAGGGAUCGCCAUGGCCGGACUUAUCGGCGUCUUGCGGCAGCUCGGAGACCUGGCCGAGUUUGCAGCUGAACUUUUCCAUGACUUGCAUGAAGAAGUAAUGGCUACAUCGGCAAGAGGCCAUGGUCUUAUGAUUCGUGUUCAACAACUGGAGGCAGAGUUGCCUUCUAUUGAGAAGGCCUUUCUAUCACGUACCAAUCAUUUGGAAUUUGCUUAUGGUACAGGCUCUGAUUGGCAUUCGAGUGAGAGAAUUGAACAAAACCUUGUUACACGGGGUGACUUGCCUCGUUUUGUGAUGGACUCCUAUGAAGAAUGUCGUGCUCCACCACGAUUAUUUUUGCUGGAUAAGUUUGAUAUUGCUGGUGCUGGUGCAUGUUUGAAGAGAUACUCUGACCCCUCAUUUUUUAAGAUGGAGCUGGCCUCUUCAGGGGCAUUGAAAGCUGAUGAAGUUCAAAUAGGGAAACGUGCUCGUAGAGUCAAGAGAAAGGCAUUCAGGCAAAGGAAUGGUGAUACCUUGGAGGCACUGCUUGAUUCUAGCACGGAUGACGCCUCCUUGGCUCCUGAUGUGAAAAGUGCCAAAACUGAAAAAAUUCCUUUUCACAUAGUAAAGUUGAAGAUGAGGCAAAUGAAUGGAUAUGCUUGCUCUAACAAAAAACUGGGUGGAACUUACAUGGAACAGAUUCUUGAAGCAACUGUAGAUAACAAUGACCACAUUUUAGCUGUAAAUCACUUCUCUUCACUUGUGAACGCAUUAGAUGAUGUGUCGUCUGCUUUAGAACUUCAUGGAAAGAAUAAGGAAGAUUCCUUGAAUUUCCUGCAACAGAAUGGAAAUGUACAAGUUCCAUCCACUAAGAGGCUGAAAGAUAUGCUAGCGCUGCCUUCCAAUGAGUCAGUUUGUGAUCUUGGAGGAAGUGCACCAGAAAAUUCAGUUGAAACUAUAGACCAUGGUAAGAAACAAGCAGUCACUGUUAAUGAUGGGAUUCAAGAGGAUAUCGUAGUUGAUAGUGAAAGAAAAACAGUAAUGACUGCCAGGGAAGAAAGGUCUGAUGAUUUUGUCGGUGAUUUAGAAACCUAUUUGGAUGCUCUUGCUACCAUUGAGUCUGAAAUUGAAACAGAUUCUGAGUGCCAAAUCAAGCACGAAAAUGAACUCUUUACCUUGAAUCACCUAGGUGUUGAUUCUGAUAGAAAUGGUGAUCAGCUGUGUCAACUUUCUGAGAGUUGCAACUCCCAUGUUGAAAAUUCUCCAGCAUCAUAUGAUUCAAAUUGUUCUUUUGUGAAAGGGGACCGAGAAAUUUCUUACACAGACUCUCUUCAUGGCUUGACAGAUAGGAAACCUCCUCAGGUUGCUAAAGUUCUGCCUAUAGAUGACAGUCUAGAAACCAUGAAUAUAUCUUCAGAUUCUCAAAAUUCUUUAGAGUUGAAGGAUUUGAUGCUUGGCAAUUUGUGUGAUGAACCACACCCAGCGUCUGCUGAAAAUACACCCACCUCUUUAACUGAUGAUGCUUUAGUUAGGUCAUCUGCAAGUGAUGGAUCAUCGACUAUUGAAGACAUGAAUGAUAUUACAUUGACAGAAGAUAGUGAAAAAUGUGUUGAGGCUCCAAUUUCUAGUACGGCUGUUGAUGCGCCUUUUGAAUCUGCUGCUUCUUGCCAUACAUCUGAAGAUGCAGCUUGUGGUUCUGCUGAGCAUGCUUCAGCCUCAAAGCUUUCUUCUAUGAAUGAGAAGUCUAGCCCUGAUGAAGGUCAGAUAUUGGUUGCUGUCAUGACUCCAGAAAGUAAUGAACAACAUAAAUCUGUGGAAACUCCAAAUUCUGAUGUAACUGGCGAUGUGCAUGUUGAGGGUGCUAGCUCUUGUAAGAUGUCUGGAGAAGAAGCUUCUGCUUCUUUAAUGGUUCAUGCAGUCUCUACUUUUGCUUCCCCACAUGAGGAACCAAUCAAAGACAAGGCUCAAAAACCGGCCCCUGUGAUGUUUCCAGAAAGUAAUGAAGAAUGUAAGCCUGCAAAAUUUAUAAUUUGUGAUGUACAAUUUGAGGGUGCAAGUUCUUGUCAGACGUCUGGAGAAGUAUCAUUCUCACAUGACAAGCCAACCUCGGAUGAGGUUUACAUGCCAGCUUCUGCCAUGCUCCCAGGAAGUAAUAGACAAGAUAAGUUUGUGGAAUCUCAGGUUUCUGAUAUACUUGGCAGCAUGCCUUCCGAGGGUGGUUCUGGUUUGAUAUUGGAGCAACCAUCUUGUGCUUCCUCAAUGCCUAAUGGGACCCUUUUAUUGCCCUGCUCACAUGAUGGAUCUGGCCUUGAAGAAGUACAGACAUCUUUCCCACAGGAAGGUGGACGUAUCUCCAAUCCUGAUACAUCUUCAGAUUUAGAGCCGUCAACAGCUUUUGCAUCAAAAGAACCGGUCGAUAAUAGCGACGAUCAACUGGCAUUACCUGAUGCCCCAUCCCAAUCAACUGUAGCUGUCCUUAAUGUUGAAGCAUCCAUGCAAUGUCCUGAUGAAGCGAUUCCUUGUGACAGCUUCAUUAGUGAAUCAGGUGAUCCUUUUCCUUUGAUGGGCAAGAAAGAACCAGAACAAUGUGAAUCUGGCAUAUUGGCAAGAGAAGAUGUUUCAGUAGAUCUGUCUAAGCUCCAGCAUGGGGAGAUGGAUAAAAGCAGAGAGAACAUUGCUCCUAGAGGAAAUUUAGAACUCAUCAGAACUACUACUGCUAUUGAAGAUGAAAAAUGCAUGAUAAUAGGUGAAUCUGCAGAAACUACAGCUGCUUCUAUAAUAAAACAAUCUGAACAGAGGCGUGCUGCAGAGGCAACUUCUAUUGUUUCUCGGCACGACAGUGUUAUCAAUGAGUCAGCUGAAGCUGAUGUCACAUCUCAUGAUGUCCAUGAUGUGUUAUCUGAAAUUUUUGAAACAUUAAAUACACCAUCUGUCAAGAUGGUCAGCACAACACAGGUUAUGGAUGAGCACGAGUCCUAUUCGGUUUCCAAGGUUCCUGAUUCUGAAGAAUUUACAUCAAAAUCUGUGAAGAUUGAAAGGGAAGAAUUCUCUGGAAAGUUGCAUGAUGAGACUGAAAAUUUGGAAAUUCCUACAAUUACAGAUGCGAUUUUUGAAGAUUCUCAACCAGAGCCUUUUACUAAUGUCAUAGAGGAAUCUUCUCAUUGUGUUGAUAUAGAACCUGUUCACGUGGUAACUGAAACUGUAGAAGGCAACUGUGAGACAAAGGAUAAACAUGUUCAGGAUGAGAUGUGUUUGGCUUCUAGGUAUGUCACACUAAAUGAUUCUCUUCAAAGAGAAAUGCCAUCUGACUCUAUGUUGCCAAAUGUGGCUGGGACUGUAGAGGCCUCCUCUCAAUCGGGUAUUUCUAGUGCUAGCUUUGUAGAAGGUGACAAUGCUAGCACAGUUGAUGAUUCUCUGGAGAUUUUAAGCAACAAUAAAAAUUUAGAAGGUUGUCCUGCUUCUGAGGCAAUUGAUGGUCAGCAUUCAAAUGUUUUGGCUGAACUGAGUAUCAUAUCUGAAUCUGGCUUGUCAAACGGUUCUGCUUCCCAUGAAUUCCCCCAUGGUACUACUAUAAGACCCAGCGUGGUGGCACCUUUGGGGUUUCCUGCAACAAUGAACUUUCAUUCUGAUUAUGCAAAAAUUUCAUGUGGAGAUGUAACUUGUAGUGAAGAGAUAGCUCCAUAUCAGCUGGAAGUGGAUACUUGUACAAGUCCUGUUCGUGCACUUGAUAAGUCCUCUGCUGAGUCUUCUGAGCUUGAUUCUGCAGGUAUCUUGGUGUCCUCUGGGCUCGACAACCUUGAGCUUCCAUGCCCUUUAAAUCUUGGACCUGAACAGCACUAUCUUCCUUCUGUGUCAGCUCAAGUUGAAAGCGAGGGAAAUAUGCCGGUGGCUCCUCUUUUAGAGAACUGCAGAGAUGCUAAUGUUCAGAGCAGUGCAGCUGCUUCUGUGGAAGAAGUGGAGUUGGGAUCUGAUCAAUGUAAACUUCACGAUGAACAAAUAUCGACUGUUCCAGAGGCCCCAGCCAAUUUGGCAGAUGAUUCACAUGAAGAAUGUUUUGCUUAUAUGCAACCUUGUCUUCAGCAGAAAGCAGCAAUGAAAGGAAUGGGUGUAGAUCAACCUAAACUUCAAGUUGAACAAAUGUCUGUGACUUCAGAUACCUCAGACAAUUUCAGAGGUGAACUUCAGGAAGAAUGUUCUGCUUAUAUGGAACCCAGCUAUCAGCAAGAUGCACCAAGGAAAGAAACGGAUUUGGAUGAAUCCAAACUUUAUGCUGAACAAAUAUCUGUGGUUUCAGACACCUCAUGUAGUUUCACAGUUAUCUCUCAGGAAGAAUGUUUGGCCAAUCAGCAGAAAGUAGAAGUCAAAGAAGUCAAUGCUGAUCAACAUAAACAUCAUAAUGAAGGAGUAACCAUGGUUUCGGAGGUUCUAAAAAUUGGACUUGAGACUGAGGAAGCACAUUCUGCUUCUGUAGAACUUCGGAAAGACGACAUCCAAGAGCAGUCUAUCAGGGAUGAUCACUAUCCUUCUGAUUAUGCGGAAGUUUACUCAAGGAAUUUAGUUCAUCUGGAGCAAGGUGGCAUUUCAGAGGCCCUUGAAUUUUCCAGCUCUACCCUUUCUGAAGACCGCAUGCGGUUCAUUGAGUCUGAGGAGACAGUCAGUUUUAAUUAUCAGCUUCCUGAAAAUAAAAGGAAUGAAACAGUUCCUCAACCAGUUCUUUCUUUAGCACAGCAGUACCAAUUACAAGCUGAUGAAGUUGUUACCACGACUUCUGCACAUAUGGAUGAUCAAAGUUCAACUCUUGAGUUGGGAACCGCAGAAAAUCUAGAAGAAUCAGGUGACCGUGUCUCUCAUGACUUCUUGAAGAAUGCUGGACUUCCUAACAAUGUUUCUGUGGAAGGUAUUCCUUCAACUGCACCGGAUCAGGGAUUGCCAAAACUUGGGAAGCCCCUUCUACCUGUGAAAGAUGAAGAUAGUUCAGUCCCGGGUGUGCUAUUCCCUUCAGGUGCCCUCGUAAGGUCAUCGUCAGCACUUGUUUUUGGCUCUGCUCAGGUUAUCUCUCAAACAGACCAGGUAGAAAACCACAAGAGAGAAUUAGUACAUAAUGGACAUCAGACUAAUGCAGGCCUUAAUAUCUCAACGUCUUUAGUGUUUCCUCCUCUUGGUAUUGGAACUGAGACAGAUGGGAUGCCACCACUUCCUCUUCCUCCAGUGGAAUGGAUAAUGGGAAGGCCCCGUGAGAGUUUUUUCCCAUUACCUGGAGAAGCAUCACAGCAGCCAAUCUUUAUUCCGAGCUAUCCAACUGCUGAAGCUGGUCAACGUAAUGGUGGUCUCCCAUGGAAACACCGUUCCUUGUAUAGAAGACCAAAAGAUCCUCUGAUUGAGGCUGUCGCAUCUCAUGACAAGUCUACGUUGAGAAAGGUAACUGAACGUGAUCGCGCUGAAGUUAAACCGAAAGCUGAUGAAAGAGAAGUAUUGUUGGAGCAAAUUAGAGCCAAGUCCUUCAACCUGAAGCCCAUAGCUGCAAACAAACCUGCAAUUCAAGGUCCUAAAACAAACAUUAAAGUUGCUGCCAUCUUGGAGAAAGCAAAUGCGAUACGCCAGGCGUGUGCUGGAACUGGAAGUGAUGACGACGACGAUGAAGCGGACAAGUGGAGUGACACAUAAUAUUUACUUGGCUUGGCAGUAACCUUGGUAGUUGCUAACCAACUUGCCUCUUGCAUCUUUUAUGAGACUGAAGUCAUCAGCAGAAUCUCUCUUCUUACCUUCCUGAUCUGGCCGACAUGGUUCAUCAACAGUCUGCUUGGAGAUGGCAGGUGGAAGAAUCAAGUCAUUUCGUCGCCUCUGUAACUGUACAUUAGCGCCCCUUCCCACCCCUACCGUCCAAAGAGAAAAAUAGUUCAAUGGCUUGUGUGUAUAGGUGAAGUGCUGCCGGUGUAUGUGUGAAAGUUUUGUAUUAUUGCCUUGUGAGAUGUUCUAUAGGUUCGAUGUCACGAGUCAGGAAUGACGAAAUCAAUUGUAAAGUUCUCCAUCCGUCAUUUUUUUGGUGUUUGAUGAAUUUGCGUUAAUAUGCAUUAGUGGAAGGAAAAUUGUUUUCAAGA